CCACGGGUGACAGUGGUCUACUACGUCAUCACGUUGUCCCCCACUGGGCCCGCCGCCUCACGCCUGUCUCCAUGGUGCUGCGGGUAAACACACGGCGGCGGCGACAUGGCACCAAAAAAGAAGAAAGGAAAAGCAGGCAAGAAAGCAAAAACGCCAACGGUUAUCGAUGGCAUUUCCACAGAGGAUAUGCCAAAGGAGCAGUUGGAAGAACAUAUUGUGCGGCUACGUGAAGAGCUUGACAGAGAACGUGAAGAACGGAAUUACUUUCAGCUCGAGCGCGAUAAAAUCCAUACAUUUUGGGAGAUCACAAAGCGGCAGCUAGAGGAGAGGAAGUCAGAAUUGAGGAACAAAGACCGAGAAAUGGAAGAUGCAGAGGAACGGCACCAGGUGGAAAUUAAGGUCUACAAGCAGAAAGUCAAACAUCUUUUAUAUGAACACCAGAAUAAUCUUGCUGAGUUGAAGGCAGAAAAUACAGUCACCAUGAAAUUGGAACAAAAAGAGCAUCGUGACCAGGAGCAUUUCUUAGUUAGUAAUACAAAAAACCUCAAACUGGAACUGAAGGAACAGGAGCUCUCUAAUGAAAACAUGGUGAAAACCUUGAAACUGAAAACUGAUGAAGAAAUCACAAGAUUGUGGAAUGACUUUGAGAAACAAACAGAAGACAUCGAAGCAAAGUAUCAGAAGAAGAUGGAUGUGCUGCGUGAAGAGAUGGAAUUGAGAAGAAAAACGGAAAUUCAUGAGAUUGAAGAGAGAAAGAAUAGUCAGAUCAACGCACUGAUGAAAAACCAUGAAAAAGCUUUCAGUGAUAUCAAAAAUUACUACAAUGACAUCACUCUUAACAACCUGGCACUCAUCAAUUCAUUGAAGGAACAAGUGGAAGAAAUGAAAGCAAAAGAAGAACGAAUGGAGAAUGAAAUGGCCGAUCUUCGUUUUCAGAACAAGCGUCUGACCGAGCCUCUGGAAAAAGCGCGGGACGAGGUUGCAAGACUUACUAAACUUUUGGCCAACUAUGAGCAGGAUAAAUCUUUUCUUACACGAGCUAGAGCGAAGCUUAAAAUGAUGGACAAAGAUAUGAAGCAGUUCAGGUGGGAACAUGAAGUACUGGAGCAGCGUUUUUGCAAGGUUCAAGAAGAGCGGGAUCAGCUGUACAACAAAUUUGAGAAAGCUAUUCAGGAAGUUCAGCAGAAGACGGGUUUGAAGAAUGCAAUCCUUGAGCAGAAACUUUGUGUCCUGUCCGACUGCUUGGAAAAGAAAGAAGCACAACUGAAUGAGGUCCUCGCUGCUUCCAAUCUGGACCCAACUGCUCUCACGAUGAUCACUCGCAAGCUGGAGGAUGUUCUGGAUUCCAAGAACAAUGUAAUCAAGGAUUUGCAAUAUGAACUGGCUCGGGUUUGUAAGGCUCACAAUGACUUGCUGCGAACAUAUGAAGCAAAACUUACUGCAUUUGGAAUUCCAGUAGAUGAGCUUGGAUUCAAACCACUGGAAACAGCCUUGUGUGGACAAACUAUUGGGCAAGGUCCGGCUGGACUGGUUGCUUCAGGGACAUAACCUAAUUGUAGGUUGUACUUUUCUGUGAUUACCAAUAGGUAUAAUUGGUAAUAUUGUUCAUUUUGAUGCAGUGGACACUCAUUUGAAAAUCUAAUGAUCACAUUCUAGGCUAUUGUUGAAAAUGUAUUACUAAGGAAGUGCCGCUGAAGUGAGGUGCCAUCUUUUGAUUACGAUAACACCCAUUGUACAUUCUGGCAGUUCAGGCGAAUGUUAGAGAUACCAUGGUUUUAUUUGAAGAAGUGCUUGAAGAUCUCUUGAUUCUGUGCGCAAAAUGUAUUUCUCAAUCAGCACUUCCCAAAGGAAAUGAAUGAUUAUUGAUCUCCCAGAUUCUGGUUUUCCUAAAAUAGCUACCCAGUUGUCCAGUUUCUUGAAAUGAAA